AUAAACGGUCAUCGGCGUUAGUGCAGGUGUGGUCAAAGAGGUGAUACAAACAAUCCAUGAGAGCUGCGAAGAAAACAUAACCAAAACUCUUACAAUAAAACAAAAGAUACGGGUUUACUAAUUGUUCUACAUUCAGCAACAGUUUGCAGUCGCAGAAGUGCUUCUUGGAAUACAAAAGAAAAGUCGUUUGUUUUCACUUUUUGUUUACGUUUGUGGUUUUAAAUGGUGGAAUACGACGAGGUAAACAGUGCAAUGAAAAAACGCUCAUUGGCGGGAAAUGUUGGCAUAGGCUUCUUUGUUAUUGCAUUUAUAACAAUUGCUGUGGCAUUUUCAACCCCCAGUUGGCUUGUCUCAGAUUACAGGAUAACAGGGGCAAAACUUGACAGAUUGGGAUUAUGGACACAUUGUUUUAGAUCCCUGCCGGAUCCCAAUAACAAUUAUAACCCCAAUAGAUUCUUUGUGGGAUGUAGAUGGAUAUAUGACCCAUUUACCACUGGGUAUGAUCAAAUUAGGGGGUUUUUGGUGCCCGGUUUCAUGGUAGCAACGCAAUUUUUCUUCACGUUUGCUUUCAUAGCCGCCCUAUUAUGUGCCAUUUUAACAUUGCUGUACUUCCUGUGUUGUGGGCCUGAUAUGAAGCAAUAUGUUCUACUGAUAAAACUGAAUGCCUGGAUAUCCCUGUUUGGCGGCCUAUCAGGUGGCAUUGCGGUAAUUGUUUUUGCUGCUUGCGCUAACAGAAAUGGCUGGAUGCCUGGUCACGAUAACAACUUCUUUGGUUGGUCGUUUAUUUUGGCCUGCAUUGGAGUUGUAGCAAUGUUGGUAGCUUCAACGUUAUUUUUCGUUGAUGGUUAUGUUCAACAGCGAAAGAAAGACAAUUUGAAGGGGUCACAGACAAGGUUUGAAAUGGAACACGAGUCAAGAGCUUAAAUUUAUCAAUUUUUGAAACUAAUCCGUCCAUAUGUACAAAGCCAUUUUGUAUUACUCCUAAUACUUAGUUUUAGGUUUCAUUACCAUGACAAACCAUUUUAUAAAAUAUAGAUUGUAUUUUUAAGUGUUCAUAGUUGUAAGUUUUUAGAAUUUUUUAUGUAUUGUCCAACAUUCCUUUUUUAAAUGUUUUAUGUUUUAUUUUUAACAAAAU